AAAAACUACUAUGAGCUGGUGACUGUGAGCACACUGGACCGGGAGGAGACAGCAUGCUACUUCCUGACUGUCACAGCAGCAGACCCAGGGUCACCUCCUCUCACCACUACACACACCUUCACAGUCGACAUCUUGGACAUCAACGACAAUGUACGUGUCUUCAACCAGACAUCACACGCCAUGCAUGUGCGUGAGAACAGUGUUCCCAUGUUUCUUGUUGGAGCAGUCAGUGCCUCAGAUGCUGACGUGGGACCCAAUGCCAAGGUGGUGUAUUCCUUGGCACAGUCCCACCCUUCAGAGCAGCCUCCCUUCUCCUCCAUCUCUGUGAACUCUGAGAAUGGGCACCUGUUUGUACUAUGCCCUCCAGACUAUUAGCAAGAUCGAGGUCUUGGUGAUCGCCUCUGAUGCAAGGUCUCCUCCCCUCAGUGCCAAUGCCACUGUCCGCCUUGUUGUGGUGGAUGAAAAUGACAAUGCCCCACUGGUGCUGCACCCAGCCCAGGACAGCAGCCCAGUAUCCAGCGAGCUGGUGCCCAUGUUGGCUGAGGCGGGGUACCUGGUCACCGAAGUGGUGUCUGUUGAUGCUGAUUCGGGGCAGAAUUCGUGGCUCUCGUACCACCUGCUGAAUGCCACCAACCCUGGUCUGUUUGUGGUGGGUACCCGACGUGGGGAGGUGCAUCUGAGGAGGCCAGUGACAGAGAGAGACCCCCUGAAACAGAAGCUUGUGUCCAGAAGAUGGCUGAGACAGUAUAAAAUAAUUUAAUAAAAUCCAAAAAUACAAAAUCCACUGACCUCCCCAUAUGCAUGAGCCAGGUGACAUAGAAGGACUUAAAACAGAUAUAAAGAGACUUUCCCUUGGUGAACUUGACUGUGCCUGAUAAGUGCAUUAUUUUUUAAAUGACUUUCAAUGAUACUGGACAGCUGGAAUACCUCUGGCCAGCUGCCGGUCAGGAGGGACCUCUCAAAACUCUUAAGAUCUUUAGUAGAUGAUAUAGAAGGGUCUUGCUGUAACACCUGCAAGCUCCUUCAGUAUUCUGUGAGGGACCCUGUGAGGCCAAAUGGAACAAACCACAGGUCUGCAAUCUACCUGACAUGAAUGUCUUGUUUAGAGAGAGCAUUCUUUGUGGAGAUGUUUGUUCUGGGAAAGCUCUCUGAAUGUUUUGCAAAAGGCUGGGAUGUUUUUUCUCCUGUUGUCCCUUGGCUGAAAUAAGGAUGAGCAGGUUCAUUUCUUCAGUUUGGAGACACAGCCAGCAGAGCAUUCAGGAAAACUGUAGGAAGCAGGGAUUUGCCAGCAGGCCUCUGUGGCUCUUCCGAGCACUGAGCUUCUGUCUGUGACAGGGCCUAGUUAGAUCCAGGUCAGAGGAACCUGGUGCCUCCUUGAACAGUGGCCUUGGGUGUGCAAAGGCCCUGGAAAUCAGUGAGGCUGGGGAGUGGAAUUUCCCACUCUUCUGAUAGCUCCAGCUGUGGAUGGCAACCGUUUGGGUUUUGAGCACAAAGUGUUUUGAUUCUAAAUAUUUUGAGGGGUGGAUUUCACAAAGACAGCAGACAUCUUCCUUUUGGGACGUACUGGCGGGGGCACGAGGAGGUGGUCAUUUGGUGAGUGAAAACUGUAGCCAGGAAGAGGCUUUGCUCUCAGGAAAUGCAGAGGACUGGAGCUGUGCCUUCUGCAAGGCCCCCAUAAGAAAGAUAAGUCCUGAGCCAGGGCCGAUGAAGGGAUUCUGAACUGAAGGCUGUUGUACAUUGGGAACUGAGCGAUCCACAGUCCAGUUAAUCUGGAAAGUCACACAUCUUUGCUGUGCUGUGCUGCGAUCCAAAAUCUCUGGUGAGCAGGAUAAACUCAGACAGCUCACUGGAAUCAUGGACCUGGCAAGGAGUACCCACUAGCUGCUAGAGAGAAAUCCGAGUGUGAACGAGAAGUCUACAUGCAAUCUUCUUUUAACGUGACAGCAAACGUGAGGAGUAGAAUAACUUUCUUGCAUGAAAGUCCUGAAAUGGUUUGAAGGACUGAAACGGGGGUACUCCUUUUCUUUGAUGGGGGUCUGCAUGGCUGCUGUGCAUGCCUGGAGUCCUGCCCGAAGUGAUGGCCCAGCGUUCUCAUCUACAGGCAUAAAGGAUUAUCUAGGCAGAUAUCCGAUAGCAUGAGCAACAGUGAACAAGGAGUGAAUGACAUCUGAGAGGGUGGCUGUGUCUCUCUCACUCUCCCUGAGACUCCGAGGAACCAGCUCCUCUUGGUCUAAAUCAGCUGCUUCUGGGAUCACUUCAGCUCGAGGGUACAGGUGUCUGAUGCAGUUCCUAACCAGAUGGUUUAUUAUGUUUUUUACCAUGUGAGAGGGGGAAUGUUGUCUGCUGUACUGGAGGGCCUCAGCACACUGCUGAGCUUUCCCGAGAUGCUCGUCGCAGGUGGCAUUCCAGGAAGCAAUGUGAUGGGUAGGACUUGUAUGAGAGACUACUCUGAAUGACGGCUGUACAAGAGUCUCCUGUUAGGGCUGGAGAGGUCAUCUGAGAGUUGCUGCAGCGUGGUAAGAGCGAGGGAGCUGGAGCAGGAGUGGGAGUCUGACGUGAAGCAAUAUGUUUUCGCCCUUGAAGUCCACGAGCAAUUCCCUCCUGGGCUCAGCUGGUCUCCUCCUCUGCUUGCUUGACUUUUGAUCCAUUGGCAUUGCCUGCCCAUAAACUUCUAAUGUUGUCUAAUUCUAUGUCAAGAGUAUCAGCUUAAGUCUAGACCAAUAUUAAUAUCCUCUAAGAGUCUGUGAGGGACCCUACCAACUGUCCGCAGUUCAGUGAUAGAGUCUUUAUAGAUGUUUCCACAAAGCUGCCGUGACUGAAGUUUCUGCACACUCUCCAGUGUUCUUAUGAUGAUGUUGGUGGGGGUCUCAGGCCACCUGAGAGGGAUCUCCAGUGAUGACCCACUCCUCUCAUUCUUUUGCAGUCCAUUCUGGAAGGAUGACAUCCGGGGUAUCAGUCGGUCCACCUCCUUAUCUUUUUUAUCUUUUGCCAGUGGCGCCGCUAGUAAGGGACACGGUGGGUUGCUUCAGGCCCACUGCCGGAGCAACACUCGCCAAUGUAUAGGGACCCGAAAAACUCCAGAGUCAUACAUCAGGCCAUUUCAAACACACGAAUCUUAUAGUUUCUACAUUUAUAAGCCAUCCAAGUGCAACAUAUAUUGAUUAAUAUUCAUAAAUCUUUUUAAUACUUCUGCUUUGAAGAUCACCUCCCAUUCUUUGUUCUGUGGCUAUGGUGUAACUCUGCUAUAUGUGAUUUGCUGGAGAGGGUGACCUGAGACCAGUUUGGUCAUCUCGACAGGCAAACGAGUGGCGGAGACAUGAUGGCUAGUUCAUUCUCCCCGACUCACCCCUUGCUACAAACAUGGGCUUUGAUGUGGCCGUUGAUGGGGAGUGGCCACCAGACCUCCGUCUCGUUCACCUCCACCCCGCCACUCAGCAAAGCAGUAGACCUUCUUCAGCAGCUUCAAGGUGGGGUCAAUUGUCUGUAAGGAAACUCCAGGAGCUGCUUUAAAGAGCCGUUGACUUUGGUCUCAAACGCACUUGGCAGAGCGCUCUUGGAGGCAGCUGUGUGGAUCUAGCGUGUGUUGCAUUUGCCGGAGCUCGCCUCGGGGUCCGCGGGAGAAGCCGCUGGAGUAGUCGAUGGCCAGGGCUGGCGAAGAGUGCCUGACCUUGGGGUUUUUCUCCAGUCUCGGCACGGAUCCUGGCUCCCACUGCCCGGCCGCGCUGGAAACCUCUCACUGUCCUUUCUCGCCUCGGUUCCCACGGUACUUCCUCCCAGGUCCAGUCUUGACCUCUCCCUUUUACCGAACCUGAUCCUGCCUCUAUUCAUCCCAUAAGAAGCCUUGCAUACUCCCAGAAUCCCCCUCAAACAUCUCAUAGACAGUUUGCCCUUUUCUGUAAGACUCUUUCUGAUAGUCCACAAUAAUCUCCAUGCCCUCCCGUUCACGUUUACAAAAUUUCUGGUUGAACCUCUUGAGAUUUACACUUCAAUAGUGCCUUUAAUGGCCCAUCUCUCAGUGUUCUUGGCUUUGCCGUUCUCUUCUUCCGUAGCUCCUGCUCGUUACCGUUUGUAUAUCUGGGGCUCGAAUUUAAGACCUCUCCUGUUUCAUUCCUGCCUUUUAUGUUAUAUCACUGUGUCCGUGAAUCCUUUCCCAGCAGCAGGAGUUCGGUUUUGAUCUCCUAGACCAGCACUGUCAUUUUAGGGCCGUGGUGGAUGAAGGUGAUGGGUAAACUUUUCCUUAAAGGGACAAUUCCUCAUCUGCCACCAGCUCGCCUAUUCCAUACCGGUUCUUUCUCGGACCCGCCCCACUCGCUAAGGAUCCUGUGCUGAUGAACAAGCGGAGAAGAGGAGGGAAAAGCCCUCUAAGUGUCCUGUGGAAGUGACAGAUCUUGCAAUGCCCACCCAGAGGAAAACCCCGAGGAACUGGCGGUUCCGAGCCGGGCGGUGCUGACCAGAGCCGCGCUCUGUCUGCGGGGAGGGAGCUGCUUCCUAGCGAAGAGAGAGCGUUUCCCCUGCGCCGCGUUUUGGGUCCGUCUGGGCACGGGGAGCGCAGCCUCCAGCAGCAAAGCCCGGGCUGGCGGCUCUGCGCUGCCGGAGCAGCAAAGGAACUAUUCCCCCGUGCGACGCUGGGUGGGGCUGUUGGCCGCGAACCGGCGGGUUCCUCUGCCCGCCCCGGCUUUGCAGGCACCGGCAGACAGAAAGAGCCGCGGGAGCCGCUCGGGAAGGGCGGCGGAACACGGAGCCGGGGAACUCGGGGGCUUUCAGACCCCUCAGCCCGGGAUUGCUGACCAAAUCUCCCUCGGACGCCUCUUGAAAAUGCUUUUAAUCCCGGAGGACGGGGAAUGGCUUUUGUGGCGAGUAAGAGCGAGUGGGAGACGGAGCAGAGAGCGGCAGAGGCAAGUGAUCUUGUUGCUUGUGUGCGUUUGCGUGUGUCAGAGCGGGACCGAACCCCUCCGCUAUUCUCUGGCGGAGGAGAUGGAGAGGGACUCCUUUGUGGCCAAUAUUGCAGAGGACCUGGGGCUUUCUCCGAGCCAGCUGGCGGCUCGCAAGGCGCGCGUUGUGUCCGAGGGGAACGAGCGGCUUUUCCACCUCAAUCGAAACACGGGAGUGCUGACGGCAAAGGAAUCGCUGGACAGAGAAGAGAUGUGUCCGAGGAGCGAUACCUGCACCAUCUUCUUUAAGAUAGUCCUUGAAAAUCCCUUGCAGCUGAUCCAUGGGGAGGUGGAAGUUCGUGACGUCAACGACAACUCCCCCGUCUUCCAGGAGAAGGAGAUGGUUUUAGAGAUUCCUGAAACGACACAACCUGGAUCUCGUUUCCCUCUGCGAAGCGCCCGGGACAAAGACGUGGGCAGCAACGGUUUGCAGAACUAUAGCCUCGGGCCCAAUUCCCAUUUCUCCCUCGACAUCGGAACAAGGAGAGGUGGAGCAAAGUACGCGGAGCUUGUCCUAGAACGCCAAUUGGAUCGCGAAGAGCAGCCGCAGGUGAAUUUACUCCUCACCGCAACAGACGGGGGCUCGCCACCCAGGUCGGGAACGGCUCAGGUGCGGGUCGUGGUGCUGGAUGCCAAUGACAACACCCCGGUCUUUGAUCGGGCGCUGUACGAGGUGCGGCUGGCCGAGAACAGUCCCCCGGGGCAGCUGGUGGUCAGAGUUGUGGCCGCCGAUCCCGACGAAGGGUCCAACGGGAAAGUGCGCUACAGCCUCACCGAGACACCUGAGAUGUCCCAGCAGCUCUUCCAACUGAACCCUGACACCGGGGAGAUCCGAGUGGCGGGCAACGUGGACUUCGAGGAAGUGGAGCACCACGAGAUAACGGUGAGAGCCACCGACGGCGGGGGUCUGUCUGCGCAUUGCAAAGUGCAGGUGGAGGUGCUGGACGUGAACGACAACGCCCCGGAGAUAACGCUUACCUCGCACUCGGCCUCCGUUCCCGAGGACGCGCCGCUCCGCACCGUGGUGGCCCUGUUGAGCGUGCGGGACCGCGACUCCGGCGACAACGGCAGGACGGAGUGCUCGAUCGACGGGGACUUGCCCUUCAGCCUCACCGCCACGGCGGAUCAGCACUACGAGUUGAGGACGACGGCGGCGCUGGACAGGGAGAGGACGGCGGAGUAUAACAUCACGGUGACGGCCGUGGACUGGGGCCGGAGGCGCCUGAGCUCGCGGACCAGCCUCUCCGUGCAGGUGUCGGACGUGAACGACAACGCGCCCGAGUUCACGCAGGAGGUUUACACCGUGUCGGUGUCAGAGAACAACAGCCCCAUGGUGCGCAUCGGCAGCGUGAGCGCCACGGACGCCGACGCGGGAACGAACGGGCGCGUGAGAUACGCGCUGGUGCGGCAGGAGGGCGCGGAGCAGCCCGCGGUGUCGGUGAACGCCGAGAGCGGCGCCGUCUUCCUCCUGCGGCCGCUGGACUACGAGCAGGUGCGCGCCUUGGAGGUGGCGGUGCGCGCUGCCGACGGCGGCUCUCCGCCGCUGAGCGCCCAGGCGGUGCUGCGCGUGGCGGUGCGCGACGAGAACGACAACGCGCCCGUGGUGCUGCACCCGCCCGCCGAGAGCAGCGGCGCGGCGGCGGGCGAGCUGGUGCCGCGCUCGGCCGAGGCCGGCUACCUGGUGGCCAAGGUGGUGGCGGUGGACGCGGACGCGGGUCAGAACGCGUGGCUGUCGUACGAGCUGUGGAAGGCGACGGAGCCGGGGCUGUUCCGCGUGGGGCUGCACAGCGGCGAGGUGCGCACGGCGCGGGCCGUGGCGGAGCGGGACGCGCCCCGGCACCGGCUCGUCGUGCUGGUGCGAGACCGCGGGCGGCCGCCGCGCUCCGCCACCGCCACCCUCGGCAUCGCCCUGGUCAGCGGCUUCUCCGACGCCCAUUUGCGGGGCGCCGAGGAGGCGCCGGCCGCCGAGCCCGAGGGGCCGCUCACCCUCUACCUCACCGUCUGCCUGGCCUGCGUGUCCGCCCUCUUCCUGGCCACCGCGGGCGUCGCCGUGGCGGCCAAGGUGCGGCGGGCCCGGCGCGGCGCGGCCGACGGCUUGCCCGCCUUCCCGCACUCCGCCCCGACCAGCAGCGCGGGCUCCCUGCCCCGCACCUCCGUCUACGACGUCUGCUUCGCCGCCGGCAGCCUCGACGGAGACUUUCGCUUCCUCGGGCCCCUCCUGCCCUGCUUCCCCGACGGGAUGCCCCCCGGCCCGCCCGAGCAGCGGAGCUCGCUCUGCUCCACAGAGGCGGCCAACCUCGGCGACGGCGGCGACCGGGCUGCAGAGGGCAGAGCUCCCGUCUCCGCAGACACGGCUCGCAGACGGGCGGAAGCAGCUUGCACUGCAAACAGGGGGAAGGAGCUCCUCGGCAAUUCUGAUCCAAACUCUUGUCUCGCCCCUCAGUAAUGUUUUUUGUCAUUCUGACAUGGAUGGAGAACGAGGACUGUGUUGCAUGUUGAUUACCGCGAAACUCGGUGUAUGACUGUGAGAGCCCUGCUGCUUCUAAUUAUUAAGGGAAACACUGAAACCUGGAAGCCCAUCUUCAAGAUAGCUCAUUGUUACAUCACCUUUUCUGUGUUUGUUUUUCUUUUGGAGAGAGCUCUGUAAUCACGUCUCAGAUCUCUGCAGUCUGUUCAGUACCAGGCCAAGCAUAUCUUGAUCAAAAUUAAGUGAUACUUGCAGAGCUGUUCCAUAAUAACAAGGCGAUUAUAUCAGAAACGGCUGACAAUGGCUGUCUUUGCACAUUUGACCAGGAGGUUACAGAUCCUCCACACGUACACGCUGUACGUUUUCUUUCAUAUCGUAAAUUUCAACAUAACAGCUCCGGAUUGUUAAGUAUUACGUAGUAGAGAAUUAAAAACAGUUUGUGUUUUCCCAGUGAAACAGGCUAGACUGUUUACAAUAAACUUGAGGCACUAUAGAAGACAGGGCGCUAGAGCAGUUUUCUGAUCUAUUUUCCCUUCGUUAAUGGUCAAUGAGGUAUAAAGU